CGUCGUCAGCGCCGAACCGACAAGGACGGAUUGGGUGGUUAUCAUGCGAUGGAAGGUAGACAGCUCGGCUAUUGUACAUACAUCCGUAAUCAACAUCCAUGAUCAACAACCAGGAUCAACAUCCUUUGUUCUUUAAUAUGACCUGUCGAAACUCAGCUCCAUAAACUUCCCACUGCUUAUGAUAUAUCUACAUUCCAGAGCCCGCCUUCUUCGAAUCUCCUGUUCCACAGGUCUCUAGUUGUAGUUGCGCCACCGCUUCACCAUGGCAGGUGAUAAGUUCGUCGGCCUCGCAAAGUCGGACUCAGCUGGGAUAAAAAAGGAUAUCGUCUCAAGCAAUAGGAAUAGCAACGAUGUCGAAAGUCAUGCGGUUUUCUCCGAGACGACGGCGGACCUCAUUGACCCUAACGCCGAGAGGGCACUCUGUCGCAAGUUCGAUCUCCGUUUGCUGCCGAUUCUAGCUAUCAUGUAUCUAUUCAACGCCCUCGAUAAAGGCAACCUAGGAAACGCGCAAACCGCCGGUCUAUCCAAAGACCUAAACUUCAAAGAGGGGCAGUACAACCAGAUCGUCGGGAUAUUCUUCGUCCCCUACGUCCUUUUCGCACCGCCACUAGCCAUGCUAGGCAAGAAAUACGGUCCGGCCCUCGUCCUCCCCGUUCUGAUGUUCUGCUUCGGCUCUCUCACGCUGCUCACCGCGGCGACGAAAAACUUCGGCGGCGUGUUUGCUCUGCGAUGGUUUCUGGGCAUGGCGGAGUCGGGUUUCUUCCCGCUUGUCAUCUACUACCUGACGACUUUCUACCGGCGCGGCGAGCUCGCGCGUCGUCUUGCCAUCUUCUACGCUGCGUCUAAUAUUGCCAAUGCUUUUAGCGGGUUGCUUGCUUUCGGCGUCUUCCAGAUCAAGUCAACGCUCGUAGAUCACCCCUGGCGAUGGCUUUUCAUCGUCGAGGGCAGUGUCACGGUGUGUUUUUCGAUAUUUGCUUUCUUCUAUCUGCCCCGUUCCGCCGCCGAGGCCCGGUUUCUGAACGAGGAGGAGAAGGCGCUGGCGUACCGGCGGAUACAGAUCGAUAGUUCUUCUAUCGUUAAUGAGAAGUUCGUCCUGAGGGAUUCUCUAAAAAUAUUCAAGAGGCCGACGACCUACGGCUUCCUAAUCACUGAGAUAUGUCUCGGUGUACCCCUGCAAUCAGUAAAUAUAUUCUUGCCUCAGAUUGUGCAGGGAUUGGUUAACGAUACAGUUACGGUCAAUCUAUAUACCGUUGCGCCGAAUGUCACAGGCGCGGUUAUGUUACUAGUGUUGGCCUUUACAUCUGAUGGCUUGCGAAUCCGGUUCCCCUUCGUAUGCCUCGGCUUCGCGUUUACGUUCAUCGGAUUUAUUAUAUACGCUUCGAUAUCAGACGUUCAUGCGCAGAUACGGGUGGCCUACUUUGCGACGUUCAUGAUGUGCUGGGGGACGUCUGCACCAUCUGUCCUAUUAAGUACUUGGUAUAAUAACAAUGUGGCGCACGAGGGUGAACGUCUAACGUUGACCUCGGUCGGAGUCCCCCUGGCGAAUCUUAUGGGGCUAGUAUCUAGUUACGUAUUCCAGGAGAAAGAUGCGCCCAAGUACUUACCUGCUUUAAUCACCACCGCGUCUUUUGGUGCUACUGGAUGUCUUGUUGCUGGAUCCCUAGGUCUAUACAUGCUUUGGGAUAAUAAAAGCCGCAACCGCCGGCAGGGAGUGAAUCUCACCGCGAAAGACGUACCAACGUUGCAGCUGAGAGACGGUCCUAAAGUUGAAGAGUUUAGAUGGUUCUUAUAAGAAAAUGAGGUCAUCUAAACACGCUGAGCUCGUCGUUGAGUCUUCAUAAAGAAUUGAAUAAAAUAAUAUAUUGUACAACUCAACACUAGUCUGUCCAGUCAGACGUGGGUGUUUUAAAAAAUCC